CAUUCUUCUCAUUCGCAGAAGAAGCUGUGAGAUUGUUUUCAUCUUCUUCUGGAUCAGAUCGAUCUCUCUCUAUAUAUCUCUCUGUGUUGUUCCUCCAUUUCACGAUCUCAAGGGAGAAACAAGAAUCAAGGGUUUAGUAAGCAGAAGGUUGCUGAGAGCUAGCAAAAAUGGUGAAGAUUUGUUGUAUUGGAGCUGGAUAUGUUGGUGGGCCUACCAUGGCUGUGAUUGCCCUGAAGUGUCCAGAGAUUGAAGUAGCUGUGGUGGAUAUCUCUGUGCCAAGGAUCAAUGCCUGGAACAGCGACCAACUUCCCAUCUAUGAGCCGGGACUCGAGGAUGUGGUGAAGCAGUGUAGAGGGAAGAACCUCUUCUUUAGCACGGACGUGGAGAAACAUGUUGCUGAGGCUGAUAUUGUCUUUGUCUCGGUUAACACCCCAACAAAAACUCAGGGCCUUGGAGCUGGCAAAGCUGCGGAUCUAACCUAUUGGGAGAGCGCGGCCCGGAUGAUUGCCGAUGUUUCAACAUCUGACAAAAUUGUGGUUGAGAAAUCAACUGUCCCUGUGAAAACAGCUGAGGCAAUUGAGAAGAUUCUUACCCACAACAGGAAAGGAAUCAACUUCUCAAUUCUGUCAAACCCAGAAUUUCUUGCUGAGGGUACUGCAAUCAAGGAUCUGUUUCAUCAACCCGAUCGGUUUCUCAUCGGAGGUAGGGAA